AUGUUGAUUAUAAUUACUCGUUAGAACUGUAUUUAAACUGAACUUAGAUAUCAACAAAAAAUCUAGAAUGGUAUUAUCUCUCGGCUCUUACCAAUGAACAGAAGUUUUCAGUCAACUGACUAUCAGAAGCAAGCACCUAAUCUCGAGGAUGGAGAGUUCUCCUCAGCUAUGUUUGAUUUUUAUCUCGAGGAGAAUGACCACAUUAGUGUGCAAGCACACCUACCUCUGUAGAAUUCUCAAAACUUGGAUUUCCAGCCGAAUCCUGAUGGACUGAAGCGGAUACCAAAUCCAAGUAUCGACAGUUCCAAUCAACAAACUGCCAACUAUCGUAAUUAACAAUCAGCUCGCCGCUAACAACGAGUACCAGCAAUUGACUCACAAGAUGAGGAACUAAUGGCUGCAAGAACUUUCCAGCACUCCCAACAGAGAUUAAAUGAAGUGGGUGUCACACCCAGGCAACCAACAUAACUCAGAGAACAAAUUGUUCCAGACAGACCAAGCAUUCAUAUGCCAGAUGUCGAGCCUGACCUAAAAAUAAUAGCUAGAAAGCAAGCUCGAGAGUCAAUCGAGUCACAUGCCGACUCUCAAUAUCAUUCAUAUGAGGAAUUCAAGAGAGGGACGGAUCUACCAGCUCAUCAACGAAAGAAUUUGCCUCAAGAGAAAGAGAAGGACAACAUCAUACUUGAGAGUGUGGUCUCACUUGAAGGAAUUACAGUGAACAGCAUCAGGACCAGUGGAUUGUCAGGUGUAAUGAGGUCCAAAGCCGAAAUCUACAAUAUACUUGUUUACCAAGUGGCAAGAAGAGGGUAAUCUAACUCUUGCAUUCACUCACUAUCGGUGCUCUUAAACGAUCAAGUUAGCAUGAUAAGUGCUCCAAAGCAAAAUGAGUUGGCUACUAAGGAACUGCUGGUCGAUGCCUAUAAUGAUUAAAUGAUCAAAUACAACCUGCCAAACAUAAGUGAUGAGAGAAGAGUAAUCAACACUCUGAAGCCUUAGUUCUUCAAACAUAGCAUCCAGACUAGAUUGAAGAAGAGACAAGAUUAGGUUGCUCAGAGUAACAAGAAAUUUAUAGAUAUGGUAGAUGAAAUGUACAGACCUGUGAAAAAGGAAGUGGUAAUCAAUCCAAGAAGUAAGAAGAGAAAGCGAUCCAAGUAGAGUAGCAGACUGAUUGUCAAGGAUAAUUCUCUCGUUAGUUUCUAGUGUGGAGAGACUUUUAGAACGAACCACUCUUCUCCAGCCAAGAGAUUCAAAUACAAUGCCAUGGACAAGGGCGACGUUGGUGAGGUAUCUUUAAGACACAAUGCAUUCGCCAUGAGUUAACAUUCAUUCAGCAACUUCUCAGAGGACAGAGCAAGUCCCUAAUAGGAGAGUAUUAUGAUAGCAACAGUCAAAUCUUAACCUUAUUCUAAUCAAAACAUUCACUAGCCAUCAUUAUGUGGCAUUUUCCAUGGGUCCAUAGUUUAUUCUUUAGCUAUCACAGCUGUCAAUAUUUAAUUCACCUACAUAUUAUCAAGCAUCUCAGUUAAAUACUUCAGUCUGUAAAUUUAAUCACUGCAACUAUAUCAUAAGUGCCAAUCGCUUCCAGCCUUCCAGAGAUCUCACUCUCAACAGCCCUAGAAGCAAGUCUUGACUCAAGAUAUUAUAUCUCCAGGAUACUUGCCUAAAGUGAGAUGCGAUUUUCCACAAGAGCAUUUUAUCUUCGAUAAUCCUCAACUAAGUCAUUUAUGA